AUGCAGCAACCGCCGGCCACUACCACUGUGAUGGCCACAGGGGGCCAGGGUGGGGUAGCGACCACCACCACCACCACCACAGGCGGACUCAGCCACCAUCACCAGCAAACGCCAUCCGGUAACGGUGGCGGCGGUUGCUGUUCCUCGAUACCGCCACCGAUACUGUUCCUCUUUCUCACGCUGCUCAUGACCUCGAGCGCGACCGCCAUGCUUUGUGCCGCCAUCAUGACCGACCACUGGGAGCACGUGUCCUGGGACCGCAGCAGCCUGGACCGGAUCAGCAACGAGACCGCCAUCGAGCUGCACUGGUACCUCGACGGUCGGGCUGCCAAGAUUCCGCUAAAAGGGAAAGGUAAGAGCCAAACAGUAGGGUUGCCAAAUGUGCACCACAAACCGCACCACCAUGUGCCGGGACCAACCACGCUCCGACCGCCGGCCGUCACGGAUGACCGUGCCGGCGUAUUUCUGGUGCCGAUGAACGGUGGCAUCUGGACGCUUUGCAUCGAUCUGACGGCGGACGACAUACGCACCAUGUCGAAGGAUGGCUUCCCGCAGGUUGAACAGUGCGUCAACUAUCUGGCCGGCACGAUGGAGAGCGCCCAGGGCAACGACGAGGACGCCAGGGCCGAUUGGCAACACAGUGAGUCCCAGGCCUCCUUACAUCCGCAUUUAAGAAUGCAGAACCUGUCGAUAUCCUGCUCGCUGGUGUGUCUCAUCAUACUCGGCAGUGCGGCACUGGUGGGUGCUUUCGGCGUCUGCCAGCGGCAGAUCAGUGCGGUGCUGGUGACCGGUGUGAUGUACCUGUUAGCUGCCCUCUUUGCGCUUUUCACGCUGAUGAUAAUACACUUCAAGCGACAACAGGGACGGCCGCUGCUCGACAGCGACUUCGAUGGGACCAUCGACGGUGUGGUGGCGAUCAAGGGGACGGCACGGGCGGCAUCGAAGUUUCUGGGCGCACGCAUCUUCGUCACCGCCUGGAGCCUGGAGCUCGGCUGGGGCGGUGUCGUCCUGUGCACCUUCACCUCGUUCCUGUGGAUUCUGCUGUCGAAGAUUAUGCGCUUCAACCCGUUGUCGGCGAUGAUUUGA